UUGAGAGAGAAAGUAAAGUAAACUUGCCUAUCGGCGGUAGUGUUUUUGAUCAUGUAUUUUUUUAAAUCAUCGUAUUUUUCCUGAAUUUGUGUGUUAUUUCGAAUUGACAUAGUUUCCUAGUUUAUGUUAUAUCCACCGUAGUAUUUGGCCGCUAAUUUUCGUGUUAAUUUUAAUCUUCUCAGUGUUGUUUACAAUCAGAACUGGAUGAAUAUAAUUUUACAGAACAUGUCACUGAAAAUGAAAUUUUUAGUCAUUUGGAGGAACAAAAAACUAUCGUUUCCCUGAACUGUCGUUUCGAUUAGCUCUAUUUGUCCAGCACAUGUAGAAUGAAGGAGCCGUUUACCGUCUGCGACAUUCGAACAAUCUUAUCGCAAUUCAGGAAUGAAAACAGCAAUCAUGGAUAUUGAUCCGAUGUACCUUUCUUUUUCUGUGCCAAAUGGCGUUCCUCAGGAAUCCAAGCUAGCAACGUACAUGAAACAGAGACAGCCUGAGAGAGUCCCUCAAUUGACCACCGUAACCUCUCCUGUCUCCAAAAGGAUAAACCCAAUCAAUGGUGUUGACCAGCUCUCUAGCUCGUUGCGCAAGAUGGGCGUCCAGUCUGCAGAGUUCGUUCCACGGCCGAAUUUAAGUUCAACGUAUUCCAAUUCUGUCUCACCGACGCAUCGCCAAGCUUCGACUCCUUCUCCUACCUCGCUUGUUACACAAGCUCCUGCUUUUGAAAAGAACCUUCAAACAUAUCAAGAAAAUGUUGGAGGUACAACGUAUUUCUAUCCGCAGACAGUGCCGAGUGAAGAACCUCCGAGCGCUGUUGUGGAUGAAGUGUCGACAAGCUCAAACGCGAGUGGAGUUACGGUGUAUCCAGGAACACCGUCACACUUGCGCAAUAAGAACAAUCCCCCUCCAACGGAUCCUGCGGCCUCUUACUUUGUUAAUAAUAGUCUUCGCCUGGAAAUUCAGUACAAGAAUUCACUCGUCCUAGCACAAGCUGAUCCUGAACAGUUCCCCGAUCUGCCAUCUGAGGUUGAUAACUAUCACGAAUUGGUACCGCUAGAACCUCCUCGUCCCCUCCACAAACAAUCAAUGUUAGGUUAUCAAGCAACCUCCUACAAAGCGACCCACAUCAAAACAGGAAUUAGGUACUGCUUAAGGAGGAUUCAUGAUUAUCGUUUGCCAAGCACAAAAUGUACAAUUCUUGUUGAUAUGUGGAAGAAACUAUCACAUUCCAAUAUUGUUCAGCUCAAGGAGGUGUUUACGACAAAAGCGUUUGGAGAUCAUUCGAUUUUGUUCGUUUACGACUACCACCCUGACUCGGAGACUUUCCAAACUCGCUACUUCUCUCAAGCUGAACCCAUGAACGGGUUUAAUGAUUUAUUUUCGUCCAAUUCGCACCAACCUAGGCCCUACAGCCACAUGAAAAAUGCUCUUUUGCGUCAGCAACAGAGUAUGAUUCCUGAGAGCACAAUUUGGAACUAUGUGAUACAAUUGACCGGAGCACUGCGGGUCAUCCACUCAGCAGGCCUUGCAUUUAGGACACUGGACGCCACCAAAGUUAUCUUGAAUGGUCGCUCUAGGAUACGCUUAUCUUUUUGUGCGAUUACGGAUGUCCUCUCUUUCGACCCAAAUGCCUCCAACCCUCUAGCUUUAAUACCACAUCUGCAACAAGAAGAUUUGACACAACUUGGCAAGUUGAUUUUGGCUUUGGUGCACAAGUCUCUAUUUGCCGUGCAGGCCGAAAACUUACAGACUUCUUUAGAUUUGAUGGCCCGCUCAUACUCUGCUGAUUUAAGACAUCUUGUUACGUAUUUAUUAUCAUCGCAAAGGCGAACUGUGGUUGAUCUGAUGCCCAUGAUCGGAGCUCGGUUCUACUCCCAGUUGGAUGCCACCCAAAUCCAUUGUGAUUAUCUUGAAAAUGAGCUAGCCAAGGAGAUCGAGAAUGGAAGACUGUUCCGCCUCCUUGUGAAGUUAUCAACCAUCAAUGAAAGACCAGAACUGAACAUGGACCCAGCAUGGUCCGAAACAGGUGAUAGAUACAUGGUCAAGUUGUUGCGAGACUAUCUAUUCCACCAGGUCACGGAAGACGGAAGACCGUGGCUGGACAUGGCUCACAUUGUCCACUGCUUAAACAAGCUCGAUGCUGGAACUCAAGAAAGGAUAUGUUUAAUGUCCCGUGAUGAACAAAGUAUUUUAGUUGUAUCCUAUGCUGAACUCAAGCAAUGCGUAGAGCAAUCCUUCUCCGAGCUAGUCAACGCAGCAUCAGUUGUGCCAGCCAAAGCCGAAUAACUGCUCCUCUGUAUGACAAACUCCGUUUAAAUCUUGAUAUCAUUCCUGUAGUUCUUUACGUCACCGUGAGUUCAAUCCACUCCCUCUUCAAAUCCGUAGGUCACUGUAUCCAAUCAUCGCUGCUCUCAUCUCCAGAUUAACUUUGAUCCCUUCGAAUUAUCGUUUUCUUUUUCCAAUUAUUAUUAUUGUUUGAGCAUCAUUCUCAGGACGUUUAGGAUAAAAUACUGGCUUGUUUCAGGGUGGUAGUUCCUAAGCAGUUUUCAAAUCAAGCACGAACGCAUUUGAGUUUGAAUGACAGGAUGUGAAUUAAGUUAUUGCGACUUCCUUUUCAGAUGACUUGUGUUUCAAGCAAAGUAUCCACUAAUUAUCUGUCAGGGUCUAAUUAAUUUUAUUCUUUGCAUUGAGAACUGAGAAAUGCGCUUGCUGAAAAUUUGCCAUCUUUUUUUAUUUAUAUAAAUUUAGAGAAAUCUGCUAACAUAAAAAUUGAACUCCAAAAUUUCUCAUCAACGAGAGAAAAAAAUCAGUUUACAUUUCCAUAGAUUCAAUGCAGUUUGAUAGGUUGCAAUGUAACUUCCUUGCUUGUUCGUUACGAUUGACUUGAUUUUGAAUGAUGAUAAGUUGCCGAAAGAUCACUGUGUUAUUGAUGAUAAAUAGUUAUGUUAACAUGACUGCAUGAAACUAAACCUGCAAAAGGUACCAUAGUCAGAAAAUUAUUUUAAACCAAGUAGAGGCAUCUCGAGUUAACCUCAAAAUUCAUAGAUCAUGUCAGGACUUAUCUGGAUUAAAUUUCUUUGCUGCUGACCACAACUCAAAAUCCGAGGAGAAGGUAUUGUGUUCUUGAGACUCGUGUGGAAUCACAUAGCAAGGUAGAGUGUGUAAGUUGGAGCAUUCUUUUGGCUGUCAUUGUCUUUCCGCAGGCCUCAGCAAAAUCUGCAUGUUUGGGUUCUUCCAUUUUAGGAUAUCUAUUUUCAUACAGUUAUUAUUUUUUUUUUUUUUUGCCAGUGUUUGCUAGAAUCCAGUUUGAAACUGAAAUUCUCUAUAUAGUGGAAAAAACUUAUGCUAGUAAAAUUUCUCUCAAAGAGAUAUGCUGUUUUUGUAAGAGGAGCUUUUCCUUAAAAAUUAAAAGUUAACUCCGGUUUUGACGUACAGCCUUAGUUCCGUAACUAAUAAAAUCCAUCAUAAUUCUUCCAGUUGUCGUUUCACAGUCUAUUGUUUUUCAUUCGAUUGAAAAUGAAAAUGAAAAUAACUUUUCAAAAAGCAUAUGUGCGUUUUUUCGAUCAUGAAGUAAAUUCAAAGAUAUUGUUACGUAAAUUUGUUUGUUUCCCUCACAAGAACUUAACUUUAGCCAAAAACUCUGAACUGACAUAAUGUAGAUUUUUCAGGUUUAGGAUUUAGAGGCGUCAAGUGUUGUAUCUAGGUAUUACACUUGUGUUAAAAGAAAAAGACAUCCCUCCAAACAAGUGAUAAUUUCCAGAGCAUUUUAAUAAUUCUGCAUCAAUUAUUCUCAAGUUAUUAAUUUACUGAAGUUGAGUCUUUUUUUUUUAAAUUUGUAUUUAUUUUCAUGAUAGUGAUUUCCUACCAAAAAUGGACAAAAACAUGCAUAAACUUUCUAAUUUGAAUUUUGAGAAUGAAAUUCCUGUUGUGAAAGAAAACCUGAUCUGUUUGUUCCCCCUCUUCUGUUCAGGGUCAAUUUCCUAUCUAUUUUUGUGCAACAACAAUGUAAGUACGUAUAAGAAGGCAAGGAAUUAUACUUUAUUGUUUGUGUUGAUCGGUCGCAGAAUUUUUCAGCAAUUGUCCAAAAUUGGUGGAAAAUUUUAAAUAUUUUUCAGGCCCCAGUUUUUAAAAUAAUCAUAUCGUUGAGCUUUCUAUUUUGGUGAUUUAAUGGUCAAAGUUCCACCAGGGCAAUAUGUGGAAUAAGGCCCAAUUCUAAAGUUUUAAAUAAAAAGUCAAUCUCCCAAGAUUUUAAUUUAAUCAUUUUAAUUUUUAAUCAUCGUUGUUACUCUUUUUUGUUGUGAAAAAUAGUUGCCUAAUAGUAAAUUGCAGUCAAUCAUUUGUUUUUUAUCAGAUCGUAGAAUAUUGUUUUAAAGAUUCUCGGAUCAAUUUAUUUUGAGUGCAUUUGGUAUUUCUGCCCUCAACUGUUGAGAAAAGGAAAUCUAUUAAUUUCCAAUCAUCUGUCUUGCAUUAUCGCUGUUCCUUUUGAACUUCAUUCCGUCUUUUUGAAUUCGAUAACUCGGUGAACCUAAUCUUGAGAGGACAUAAUUAGAAUGCUUUUGAUUAACCAUCGUUGCUUUUUCAUUAAUCAUUUUUAGACAGUUUUUAAUUUAUUUUUUGGUUUAGAUCGUUAAAGUAAGUCUGUUUUUAAGUCAUUGAAUCAGAAUCGAAAGCAUGAACGCUUGGUGAUAAUUCAUACAGAGGCGAUAAAAAUUUUAGGCCAGAAGGAAAUUGUUUUUUAUUUUAACUUCAUAAAGUGUGUUCAUUUCUCAGUAACUGUGUCCCAAUUAUUUUAGAAUUUUGCAGGUGUUUCAUUCAUUGAUUUUUAUCUCUAAUCAGUCAUAUUUCAGGAAGAUUUGAUGGUUUGAUUUUUAUCUUUCGGAUCAUUUCUUUAAUUUGAGUCAUCAAACAUCUACAUUUAGCAGAAGCUAUCAAUUAAAUCAUUUGUGAAUAAUUUAGACACAUGUGCAGUCCCUCAUUAAACUUAAUCUUUUGGCAAUAAUUUUUAAGUGCACUGUCUGCGGGCGUGAAAAGAGAUAAAAGCAUUACAAACAUUAAUUCAAUAUUUCAUUUUUCUGAAAUAUAGUUCUGCAUUCAAUUUUUGCCAGAAGACAGAUCUAUUACACUGAAAGGCAUGUAGGUUUAUGUAUUCUGGUUGUUCAUCUCCAAAAAGUUUCUUUCAAAAACCUCAAGUGAAGAAGAAAUUAUCUGGAUGUGGAAUGUUGCACCACAAUUUUUUUAAUCAAAUUGAAUUCCGAUUUUGGAUAGUCACAGUUUCAAUUUUAAGUUUUGAAAGAAACUCUUUGGAAUUGAAAAAUUGAGAGCAUAUUCGGAUGCAGUGGAAAUGUUUUCCGCCAAAAAUUAAAAUUGCAAACUCUAUUUUAGUAAUGUGUUUUAGUAUUUGGUGUGUGCUUGCUUAGUUUAAAAAUUACUAAUCCAUAUCUCAUUAAUGUUUCUUUGGGUUUGAAAUUUUUCAUCAGGAUCUAUCUUCUUCUCAGGAGAGCAGUAGCUGUGAAGUAAUUUAUCUCAUUGGAAAA